AUCAAACAAGCCUACAGUGAACCUGAUAGAAGUAAAGGACUACAUUAUGGCUUUGUACAACUGGAAUUGGAACACAAUCGUGAUCCUGUUGGGGAUCCAAGUGUUCCACCUUGAGGUAUGUGUUAGUGGAGUUACAGAUUCACCAUCUGAUAUAAUAGAGUUGGACCUUUCCUUCAAACCUCACCCUAACCUCACUGAGGGAAUGUUCUCUAACUACACAAACUUGAAAAUACUCAGACUCAGUGCCACAGGCAUAUCAGAGAUAGAGGAUGGAUCCUUUUCUGGGUUGCCCUCCCUAGAACGCUUGGAGAUGUACAAGAACCGCCUUACAAUCUUAAAGAAUGCUACUUUUGGGAAUCUCUCAAAUCUCAAGGUACUAUACAUUGCUGAAAAUGCAUUAUCAACUGUAGAGUCUCACACAUUUUCUGGUUUAGAGAGUUUAGAAGAGUUAUACCUGAGAGGGAACUAUCUCACUGUGUUGACAGAUAGCUUAUUCAGUAAUCUUAAUAACUUAGUGAAACUGGACCUGGGCUACAAUGAUAUAUAUAGAAUUGAGGCCAACACCUUCUUUCAAUUACAUGCUUUAGAAACACUCCUCUUGCAAAGGAACAAUUUAACAACAGAAGUUCUGAAAGGGAGACUGUUCAGGAGUUUGAGUAAUCUAAAAGAUCUAAAACUGCAACAGAAUAUGAUAUCAAAUCUUGAAGCUGAAAUGUUUUCUGGUCUUGAUAGCUUGGAAUUUUUAUACCUAGGUGAAAACAAGUUGAAAGUACUGACAAAUGGCUUGUUUGAACACCUAGCAAGUCUUAGUGAUGGCCUUUUUAUCAAUGACAAUGAAAUAAUAGAGAUAGAAACUGGAGCUUUUGCUGGUUUAAAAGCAUUGACGUCUCUUUGGUUGAGAGGGAAUAGGUUAACAAAAUUAAAGAGUGGUACAUUCCAGGAUUUAACGAGCUUGUAUACGCUAAUCCUCGUAAACAAUAACAUAUCUGAGAUAGAAUCAGGGACAUUCGAUGGCUUAGAAUCAUUGCAGAUCUUCUUGGACAACAACAACCUGAAAUCCAUCAGUCGAGAUAUCUUAAAAAACAUUCGAACAUUGUGGUCUUUGGGACUAAAUGGCAAUGGGUUAUCAGAGAUUGUGCCUGGAACUUUUUCUGAUCAUCAAACAUUAUACAACUUAGGUUUAGGUGCAAACAAACUUACACAUUUAAAAAAUGGAAUUUUUGAGAAAUUAACUGAACUUGAUGGUCUUAUAUUAUCAGAUAAUAACCUAACUGAAAUUGAGGCAGACGUCUUUAAGGACCUGACAAGCCUGACCUAUCUUAACAUUAGUAACAGCCAGUUGAAGGAGCUACCACCUGGUAUAUGUGAAUACAUGCCCCAAUUGAGAACAAUUAACUUAACAUUGAAUUACAUCACAGGAAUACCUUCAAACAUCACUGAUGAAUUUGGCAUAACUGAUGCAGCAGCCCUAAAACACUUAAUUUGUUUACCUCCCAAAAUCACAGUAAUACAGGCUAUUGUCCAAAAUGAAACCAUCUUGAUUUUAUGCUCUGCUAUUAACUACCCUGUACCAAGUGUUGUUUGGUCAGUAGGUGGUUUUUCACCCAAUGUGGAACAGACUGAAGGAAGGACAUCCACUAUGAUGACAUCUAUAUAUGUGACAGGGGAUGAAAUAUACGAAUGUAAUGCUACUAACACGUAUGGUUUUGAUUCUGCAACUGUAACUAUCACAGCAAAUGCCGAUCACACUAACAUCACCACAAUCUACUCUAAUGGUACUUCAUGGCAUGACUCAUUCAUCCAUGAACAGGUCGUUUCCUCCACUAUUACAGAAUAUGACACAUCUACAUACAGUAACCCAACAGCCACCAGGGUACUACAUACAAGCCCAACAUUUGACCAGAAAGAGUUCACCACCAAGGGGGAACCAGAAAUAACAGACAUUGGUACAUCAAGAGGCCCCGUAACAGAACUCAAUACUGAUUCAAAAUUCAAUGGACUUAACUCCACAACAACUUCCAUAUUUCAAGGCAAACCUGAAAAACCAGCAGAGAACCACUCUCUUGUGCUGGGUUUAGGUAUUGGGAUCCCAGCUGCUGUAUUGUUUCUGAUUAUACUGCUGUGUAUUAUUCUGACCAAAAAACGAAAUAUCAAGCAAUACAACUUUGAGCUGAACUGAUUAUUGUUCAUAUAAUACAAUACAAUAGGAAUAUGAACCACAGUGAACAAUAAUACAUACAUGGUUCUGAGCCAAUAAUACGCUAGAAAAACAGCAACUCCACGGAGUAGCAAACCCCAUAGAACAAAACAUAUUUUGAUAUUUAAUGGCCA